GACGUCUCGCACUCGCCGGGAGGUUCGGCGGAUUCAGUGUUCUUCCAGGAAGCAUGAUGGCUCCAUCCCCUUCGUUCCCCCUCCGCAUGCCCCGUGGGCUGACCGACCUGCCUCCUAGACCGACUCGCUCCACCGGCCCGGGAGCCGCAGAGGAGCACGGACGCUGCGCACAGCCUCUCCUCGGCCGCGGCCCCUGCAAGCGAGCUUGCGCGCGGGGAGGGCGGGGUGGGGGCCGCCCAGGCAUCCGACGAUGUGCGAGAGGUUGUCAAGCCCUUCUGGCGAGCAGCAUGCCCAGGGCCCGCCCGCCCCGGCCCGCGCUGGCGGCGGCCGCGGCGGCCCUCUGCGCCCCGCUGGUGGCGUGGGGCCUGCUGGGGGUGCUUGCGGAUGUGCUGUGGGAGCGGCAUUCCGCGAUGCAGGGGGCCCCCGCGCGACCGCGUGGCCAGGGCACGGCCGCCUUCGCGGGCGGCGCGGCUGCCGCAGGGCGGCUUCGGGGGCCGACGCGGAGACGCCGCCAGAGCGGCCUCGGGGGAGUCUGGGCAGCAGCCCGGCGGCCGGGUCUACCUGGUGACGGGCGCCACUGACGGCAUCGGGAGGUUCACCGUGGAGCGGCUGGCGAGGCUCCCCGACGCCGUGGUGAUCGUCCACGGGCGCAGCCCAGAGCGCGUGGAGAGGACGCUGCGGGAGCUGCGGGAGAAGACCGGCUCGAGCGCACUGCACGGCGCAGUGGCCGACCUCAGCCUCAUGAGUGACGUGCGUCGCCUGGCCGCCGACGUGCAGGGCCGAUUCCCCCGGCUGGACGGCCUCCUGAACAACGCGGGGACUUUCGACGGCGACUACACGGGGAAGCGGGUCGAGACCCCCGAGGGGAACGAGUACUCUCUGGCCGUCAACGUCAUGGCCCCCUUCCUCCUGACCUCGCUCCUGCUGGAGUCGGUCCGCGCGUCGGGAGCCGGGCGCGUCAUCAUCACGUCCUCGAUGUCGGCAGGGAACUCCCGCGCGCUCGGCGACCUUCAGCUGCGGAGGUCCUACGACGCGCACGGGGCAUACAGCCUCAGCAAGCUCUGCGACGCUAUGAUCGCCAUGGAGCUGCACGCUCGGUAUGGCGACCCGCCGAGAUUGUGCUUCCACACGCUGGAUCCGGAUCCGACCUCGUCUUGGAUCGACACGAAGAUGCUGCGUGCCGGUUGGUCAUCGGGGGGCCACCCCGUCUCCCGCGCCACGGCCUCCUUCCAGAUGCUAACCGAGAGCCAGUACGGGCAGCAGAGCGGCGUCUGCUGGGGCUGCUCUUCUGGCGGCAGCCCCGAAAGCAGAGCGAAGCUGUGGUCGGAUCUGGUGGGGCUCACGGGCGCGGAGUGGCCCUAGCUGGCGCAGAGGCUGAUGCGCAAGCACACCAGAGGAGCGCAUUCGGAGACGGCUGGGCGCACACCUGAUCAGCUCACCUCCAGAGCAGUGCGAGAAUGGGCGGCGGCAGACGAUAGAGAAGGGAGGGGGAGAUGAACUAGGGCAUGAGGCAGGGCAUGGGAUCGAAGAAGAGCACCGGC